AUUGUAUGGAUUUUCUCAACUGGUCUUGGAACCCUUCUCUUUUUAGCUAAGAUUGCAAUACUCUGUUGGGUGAAGUUUUACAAUCACAGUGAGCCUGCGGCAGUGGCUGCUUCUGUGGUAUUAGUACCUGUAUGCAUUGUGUUGGUAUGGUUUGUUGUGCAUUUUAACCGAUCUCUUGUCCAACACAAGUAUGAAAUAUCAUUUCAGAGAAUUAAAGAACUUCAAUAGAUUGCAAACCAACUGUACACAGAUACAGGGACAGCACUAAGCUCACAAGCAGCCAGUCCAUGUCCUUAUCACAGGGUUUUAACAUAAAAAACCUACAAAAAGUUACAAGUAAAUGUAUAUCAGGUAGAGGGGAGAAUUAACAAUCAGAUCUUGGGAGUUAAAGGGUUGAACCGCCACCAGUAUUAUCAGUGUGUCAUCAUUGUUGGUCAUAAGUGCAUCGUGAUCUUAUUUUGCUGUCUUUUCUGUGGGGUACUUUUUUUGUAUUAAUAUCAACAGGUUUAAAUAAUUGUAAAGUGGAACCAUAAGUUUUUUAUUAGACUAAGGGCUCCCAUUAAACACCUAAGUAUUAUAAUGAUGCAAAAGAUCUUUUAUUCAGGACUUCAUGUUUUUCCAAACUCAUGAAAAUAGUUUAACCCUUUGACCCCUAAAGGUAACUACAUGUAACAUCUAAUUUCUCCUUACAAUAUCACCCCUGAAUCAAACAUUAGGGUCAUGAGAAUAAAGGAAAUGAUCACCAACUGAAGAAGUUCUUUCUUUCUCUUUAUUGUUAAACAAACUCUCCUUGUCAGCACCUUAGGAAAUCUGUAGAGAACAAUGUGGAGAAUAUGCAUACUGAUGUUUAAGGGUGUGGAGAGUUGCUCAGUAAGUAUAAGUCCAAAGUUUUGUUUUUGUAAUUUCUUUAUGAGAGACCCUUUCUUGUCACUGGACACCUUUGACAUCGCUGAUCUUGACAGUAUACAGGAGAUUUCUUUGCAUAUCAAGAACAGCUCUCGAGGUGAUUUUGCUGACAAAGAGUAAGAUUCUAGACUGCUUAGCAUUUGAUUGUGACAGUGUGGGCAUCACCCUGCUGAGGGAGAAUGGAGGAAUACUCCCUUGGAAAAUUGUGAAAAAAUGGAGUAGCUAAGACAUGCAUGCCCUUGUUCUAAAAAAGAGUUUCAGCUGCUGGAAAGUGUUUGAAGCCAGUACAAAGGAAACAAUGACUACAUCAUAUUUACAAAGAUAAUUACUGGUUAUUUCUCUGGCACCUUACUUUCAAGCAGCAGUUUGCUAUCUCAGAAUCAAUAGUUUAAAUCAGAAACCUUAAAUGCACGAGUAAAAACAAUUUCAAUCUAGGAACAUAAGAAAUAAUUUGUUGGCGUGAGUCUUGCACUCAAUGUGUAACGGUGCGUAACUUGAGCACGUUAGAGUGUACAUAUUCUAACCCAGCUUAGUUAAUACUCAGGCUGCUUUGUUUUCAUCUAGAUGGCGACAAUUUUCCCAACAGAGCAAUAACGACAGCGAGACUUUAUAAUGAAAAUAUUAUAUGUUUAUUGUAAAUGGCUCUGUGCGGUAAACGAAAAAUCUUUUAAGGGAGAGAGAAUACAAUGUUACGAAAAGCUAACAUAGAAAUAAUAUCCACAGUUUAUAAAAGUUUGAAGGAGAGAAAGUGAUCAUUUAGGUAAUUAUUUACAAACUAAAAACACCUCUCUCUCCCAUUAAGUCUUGUUUAGAUUAAUUUGCGUACUAGCGAACUCAGAAUACUUAUUACUUAACAGCACACCAGCAAUUAACCUGGUUUUACUUAUAGAACUAAAUCAAGUUGUUUAGAGGUAUCGAGAACCCCGUCAGUUAUUUGCUGGUGAUCCUCUGCGCACAUUCUUUUCAAAACGAGGAAAGAACUUGUCUUGGUCUCCAAAUAUAUUUUCAUUUUUCCUUCGUAAAUCUCCCUCGAUAUCUAUCUGGCACUGGUGGGUGUUUACUCUGGGGAGCUCGUCCCAUUUUUCCACGUAAACCGUGUUCAACGGCUUUUCCUCACCAAAUGCUUCCCCGUCGCUCAACUAUAAUCACAGCCUUCCCUAUCCAUGAUUAGGAAUGUCAUCACUUCCUCAGCAAGCACCUCCAAAAUAUAUCUGUGGAAAGAAAAUUCAUAUAUAGUAUCGGUCUAACCAAAAGUUCAUUUCUCCUGGUGUGGCGCACACAUAUCCCUCUCCCUGUUGUAUUUUUUUUUUUCUGCAAGAGUCCUGCAGACCCCAACAUUGCAUGGAUGGAAACACUUUUCAGGAUAGAG